UCAGGGGUAGUUCUUUCACUCUCCUCAUCUCAGCGAGGCUCUUUGUCCGUUCUCACGGCUCACUUCGUUCUUCAUUUUCACUCAGCCACAAAACCGGAGCCAUGUCUAAGGGACCAGCAGUUGGAAUCGAUCUAGGGACCACCUAUUCCUGUGUUGGAGUGUUCCAGCACGGAAAGGUUGAAAUCAUUGCCAAUGACCAGGGCAACAGGACCACACCCAGCUAYGUGGCAUUCACAGAUUCAGAGAGGCUCAUCGGAGAUGCAGCCAAAAAUCAGGUUGCCAUGAACCCCACCAACACAGUUUUUGACGCCAAACGACUGAUUGGCCGCAGAUUCGAUGAUCCCGUUGUUCAGUCCGAUAUGAAGCACUGGCCUUUCAAUGUCAUCAAUGACAGCAGUCGCCCAAAGGUUCAAGUUGAAUACAAAGGCGAAAGUAAAACCUUCUACCCAGAAGAGAUCUCAUCCAUGGUGCUGACUAAGAUGAAAGAAAUUGCUGAAGCCUAUCUCGGAAAAACCGUCAACAACGCUGUAAUCACAGUACCUGCCUACUUCAACGACUCGCAGCGUCAGGCCACCAAAGAUGCUGGAACCAUCUCUGGUCUCAAUGUUCUCCGAAUCAUCAAUGAACCAACUGCUGCUGCUAUUGCCUACGGGUUGGACAAGAAGGUUGGCUCAGAAAGAAACGUUCUCAUCUUCGAUCUCGGCGGUGGAACCUUCGACGUGUCCAUCUUGACCAUCGAAGACGGGAUCUUUGAGGUGAAGUCCACUGCUGGCGACACUCAUCUUGGCGGUGAGGACUUCGACAACCGCAUGGUCAACCACUUCAUUGCAGAGUUCAAGCGCAAGUACAAGAAGGACAUCAGCGACAACAAGAGAGCCGUCCGUCGUCUGCGCACUGCCUGUGAGCGGGCGAAGCGCACCCUGUCUUCCAGCACGCAGGCCAGCAUUGAAAUCGACUCUCUSUACGAGGGAGUCGAUUUCUACACCUCAAUCACCAGGGCUCGCUUUGAGGAGCUCAACGCCGACCUCUUCCGCGGUACCCUGGACCCCGUCGAGAAAUCCCUCCGUGACGCGAAAAUGGACAAAGGCCAGAUUCAUGACAUCGUCCUUGUCGGUGGCUCCACCCGUAUUCCAAAGAUCCAGAAGCUGCUUCAAGAUUUCUUCAAUGGGAAGGAGCUGAACAAAAGCAUCAACCCAGAUGAGGCCGUGGCUUAUGGAGCAGCUGUCCAGGCUGCCAUCCUGUCAGGUGACAAGUCUGAGAACGUGCAGGACUUGUUGCUCCUGGACGUCACACCCCUGUCUCUCGGUAUCGAGACUGCUGGMGGGGUCAUGACGGUCCUGAUCAAACGUAACACUACCAUUCCUACCAAGCAGACCCAGACCUUCACCACCUACUCUGACAACCAGCCUGGUGUGCUCAUCCAGGUGUACGAGGGUGAGCGUGCCAUGACCAAAGACAACAAUCUGCUGGGCAAGUUUGAGCUGACAGGCAUCCCUCCUGCUCCCCGUGGUGUCCCCCAGAUCGAGGUGACGUUCGACAUCGACGCCAACGGUAUCAUGAACGUGUCUGCUGUCGACAAGAGCACCGGCAAGGAGAACAAGAUCACCAUCACUAACGACAAGGGUCGCCUCAGCAAGGAGGACAUCGAGCGCAUGGUUCAGGAAGCUGAGAAGUACAAGGCAGAGGACGAUGUCCAACGUGACAAGGUGUCUGCAAAGAACGGGCUGGAGUCCUACGCCUUCAACAUGAAGUCCACAGUGGAGGAUGAGAAGCUUGCUGGAAAGAUCAGCGAUGACGAUAAGCAGAAAAUCUUGGACAAAUGUAACGAGGUCAUCAGCUGGUUGGACAAAAACCAGACUGCUGAGAAGGAUGAGUAUGAGCAUCAACAGAAGGAGCUGGAGAAGGUGUGYAACCCCAUCAUCACCAAGCUGUACCAGAGCGCUGGUGGGAUGCCAGAGGGCAUGCCUGGUGGCUUCCCUGGUGCUGGUGGUGCUGCCCCUGGUGGUGGAUCCUCCGGACCGACCAUCGAGGAGGUCGACUAAACACUCGUCAUUUCAGCUGUCUCCUGGGAUGUUAAGAACAAAACCCUCUUAUAGCCUAAGAUUCAAAAAGCUUAAGAGUGAAAUUUAAACAAAAAAAAUGGGAUCACAUAUUAAAUGCAGCUUUGACUCAUCAGGGAACAACAAGUCUGCAUAGCUAAGAUCUUAUGUAUGCUGUAUUUGAUAUGAGAUUUGACAAUAAAUCUUCAAACCCUC